GAGCCUUUACUCACACCCAGCUAAGAAAGCAGGACGGGUGAGGCAAGAAGUCUGGGACACAAUAGUACAGAACAGCUGUACAACUUACUAGGGUCAGCAGAUUUAUCUGGACUAUCUAUUACCAGAAGGCCCUGAAUGGGACUUCAUACAAGUUGGUGCUGAUUCAGCAGGACUGGUGGAUCUUAGUGGACCCAUCUGGCAUUUUUAACUACUCCAGUAAAUUCUAACAGGCAGCUGAGUAAGAGUUUAAGAAUUAAACAGCACAGGACUGUGGGAGAUGGAUGGCGGCGCAGCGAUGGUACUGCAAGGCGAGGGUCCCCCUGAAGGUGAGACUGUGUGUGCCGCCUUGGCGCGCUACGAGGCCACCCUUCACAACGCGGUACGUGAGAUCCACGUGGACGUCAGCGCCUUCAAGCUGGGCGUGGAGCGACGACUGGACGAUGCGCUCAACGUGAGCGGGCCGCUCGGCCGAGCCAUGGCCCAGCUGCAGCAAGAGAACCGGCAGCUACGCAGCCAACUGGAGGCCCUCACCCGGCAGGUAGAGAUGCUCACCGGUACGGUGUGUGACAGGAGCGCUCUGCUAAGUACAGGACCGCCUUCGGCCCGCCCCCAGAGCAGCACGGCUCACUUGCCCGUCUCGCCCAGCAGUGCCGCCGCCCCGAGCGGGUCGGCCUCCAGCCCGACCGCAGCACGCUUCUCCAGCAGGGCGACUUUCUCUGUGAGCAGCAAGAACAAUAGCAUUGAACGUGAAGACCCUAUUGAGGUGGAUCCAGCUCCAGCCACAUCUGGACUAGAAAAUGGACAUAUAUCCUCAACAGAAAUCUCACAUAUGCCUGCAAGAAACUGCUCUCCACCGACCGCCGUGUCUCAACAAAACUCAUCCCCAGUAUGCAUGGCGAUGCCACAUCUCCCAAUCACAGCGACCACCAAGGUAGCAGAAUCAUCAACCCUGAAGGGUCCUGAGUCACCAGGCAGCCCAAUGCAGGCAAUGCCAACUGGAACAGAUACCCAACCGGACAGCCAACCGGCCACCAACAACGAUGGACGACAGCUUGAAUCGCCAGUUCAUGCAGUAUCUUCAGUAAAAACAUGGACCCCAAGUCCUUCGAGGACGAUCGGCUCUACGUGGCUCAAUGAAAAAUUGGCGUCUUCGGCACCAUCCAAGACUGUAAUGUAUUCUGGGCUCAACCAACACAGCAGAGACAGAAAUGUUGAGACUGUGGGAGAGCUGUCCCUCGACAAGGGAAUAGAGCGCAGACGGGAGCUUGUGAGGUCACAAACUCUCCCUCGCAGCAUUGGAGCCCAGGCACGCAAGUCCAUUUUCGAGCGACUGGAAUCUGAGCAUAGCAGUCAGCCAAAACCUGUGGACUCCAAACCCAAGCUGAAGCGCUCUCAGAGCUUCGGUGUGUCCAGUGCGAGCAGCAUAAAGCAGAUUCUUCUAGAAUGGUGUCGCUCCAAAACUAUUGGGUACCAGAACAUCGACAUUCAAAACUUUUCAUCCAGUUGGAGUGAUGGUAUGGCCUUCUGCGCUUUGGUCCACUCCUUUUUCCCCACGGAGUUCAACUACAACGCCCUGUCUCCUGCUGAUUGCAAACACAACUUCGAACUGGCCUUCAGCACUGCUGAGCAAAAGGCAGGUUGUGACCGACUCAUCGAGGUGGAGGACAUGAUGGUGAUGGGUAGAAAACCAGACCCCAUGUGUGUCUUCACUUAUGUCCAGUCUCUCUACAAUCACCUGCGCAAGUUUGAAUGAUGCCUAAAAUGUACAGACUUUACAGUGCAGCAAUUACAAGUGCAACACUGCCCCCUUUCGGACUGGAUGUGGGACUGGUUCAUGACAUGAUUAUGACUGUUACAGUACGAGGUGCCAACUGAGGAAGAGAAACACGUGUGAUUAGCUUGCAUAAAAGCUUUACUUAGUAUAUUUAUUUUAUUUUGCAUAAAUAUCAUUUCAUAGGUAUUGUGCUCUGAUGUAUUUCAAUUUGAAGGAAACAAAUUCACUUGCAGGAUGGUAGACAGCAAAACCAAACAUUAUAAAAAGCCUGAGUUAGAAAUGUACAGACUUGAGUAUAGUAUAUUCCUAGAUUUGUCAUAGAUCACCUUUUUUAAUUUGCAUUUGCAUUUUUUUAUUAUUUAUCUUGUACCACGUGUGAUUUUCAAGUACAAUCUUUGGCAGCCUUGUUAAAGUCUUUACACCAUAGACAGUCAGUGUUUGCAUCAUGUAAAUGCAUCAUGGUAGUUAGAAAUGUUGUAUAUUUGAAGAGAAUAAAGCAAGA